UCGCUGAAGCAGUACGUUCGCCUGUCAAAAAAACCGGUACAUUCUGCCGUAUUUCCCGUGGAUCUUACGGUCGUACUGGGGGAGGGGAAACCUAGGAGGAUAUUCCAGGUACCAUGUCGACCAAAGUGAUCUAUUUCACGGUGGAUGACAGGCAAGAACAAGCGGAAUUCCGUUCCGAUUUUCCGGCGGAUGAUAUCAAACUUCAAAGUCGUCGCCGAAGCUGGGGAGACCAACUUCAGAAACGUCAGCGAGGGGAGCAAGAGAGGACCACCUGGUUUCGAAAGAAUAUCUCAAACAGAACUGAAGAUGAAGACCGCCCUUUUUGUGGUUUGUUGUAUACUGGCUGUGGAAUCAAUUCAAGGUCACAUUUGGUCGGCUUGGUAUGACCGCGAUAACCCAUCAGGUACGGGAGACUGGGAGACACUGCGUGAUCAAAAGAAACUAGGCUACGUCUGUGGCGGCUGUAAACCGAUCGCUGCGGAAUGCCGGGUGAAGGGAUCUGCAAGCGUGUUCACCCGUUGGACUGGAUCGGCGCCGGAUACCCUGGACGUUCAUUGCUUACCGACAGAGGGCGUGGUGUGCAAAAACACUGACCAAUCCUCAUGCGCCUCGUGCAGUGACUACGAGAUCAGAUAUCUGUGUCCGUCUACAGCCUCUACCUGGACGCAAUUCAAGGACAGAGAUAAUCCUUCUGGGUCCGGGGACUGGGAAAACGUAUGGGGGUUUAGGAACUAUAAUGGCGACAACAUCUGCAAUGGCAUUCGCCCAAUGUGUACCCAAUGCCGUGACAUAUCUAACCUAAACGCCUACUACACUACUGGAGAUGCAUUCGAUACCGGUUACGAUUGCAACUGGGACACCGGUCUAGUCUGUACUACAGAGGUGAACACAGAAGUAUGCAAGGAUUACGAUGUCAGGUUCAAGUGCCCAAACAUAGGUACCUGGACAUCAUCGGCACGAUGGACGUCCUGGAAGAACCGAGACAAUCCCUACCUUACCGGUGACUGGGAGCACGUGGGACCCUCUGGACUCAACCCGUGUUCCAGUAAAGAGCCAAUUGACAUCCAAUGCCGCGUCCGGGGAACCAAUCAGAACUGGAGCGACUCCGGUCAAGAGUUCAAAACUAAAUGUACUCCCUCUGAGGGACUCGUCUGCCUCAAUGCUGACCAAACUUCCGGACAGUCCUGCUUUGACUACGAGGUUCGCUUCUUGUGUCCUUAGUACGCCUCAAAAUUAUCCAUUGGUUUGGUACCGUUACUUUGUACAGACCAAUGAGCCGACACUGCCCUUCUUGCAACUGUGUGGGACGUUGGAGUGGGUCAGAUUGUUGGAAGGUGUUGAGGGUUUGACAUUUUUGCUACAGCUAGACGCAAUAAUGCUUCGAUUAA